UAUUGCCUUGCCUAUGUCACUGGCAGCAAAUUUGUUUACUUGACUUAACUUCACAGCUUCAGCUGACGCGUUUUAAAAGCGAUAAUAAACAUUAAAAGCUCGAAUUAAUAAAAUCUAUUUAUUCAUAAUGUCGGAUGGGAAACGCAGACGGUAUCGCAAGAUUAAGCAAACUGAAGACAAACGUCCUAUAAUACUGGCCAAACGCAAUGUGGAGGAAGAUGCAGCUGGACGUCGCAAUGGUGAAACAGAAGUGCAGCCAAAAAUAUUACUUAAACAACGCACAGACAUCAGAGAUGACGUAGAGGUGGCAGAGACUUCCGCAAAUGCAAAUUCGGCACCACUAAAAACAAUAAUCGUCACACGUAGUGAGGUGGCGCAAAGUCCGGGCUUAAGUGCUGUCAGUCCAGUAACAACUAGAGAGCAGCUGCAACAGCAAACACAACAAACAAAUGUGGCUGUGAAUGAUGUAAAUGCAACAACUAAUGUACAGCUAAUUGAACCGCUGCCACAAAUGACACGUCCUGCUACGGUCAUCUCCUCAACAGGUGUUAUAAAUGCUAGUACGCGCAAAUUACUUAUGAAGGGGAAUACAGAUUUUCUGGUAGUUGGCGUAAUAGGCACACAAGGUGUAGGCAAAUCAACUAUUAUGAAUAUAUUGGCCAACGACGAUGUCAAUUAUGAUUACUACACAAAACUAUUUGUGGAGGAGGAUAGUUUCUUUCCAACCAAAUUAAAGCCACACAAGUGCUCGGCGCGUUCACGCACCGAAUCUACACAUAUGUUUAUCACCGCUGAUCGUCUGAUAUUGCUUGACAGUCCGCCAGUGAUGUGCAACUCUUAUCGCAAGGAUAUGACCACCAAUGAAUUGGAUGAUCUGCGUCAGAUAAUCAGUUUUCUAACAGUAUGCCAUUUGCUGAUUGUGGUGCAAGAUGACUAUUUUAAUAUGAAUUUCAUACGUUUACUGCAAUUUGCCGAACUUAUGAAGCCAUCACAUGAUAAUAAACCCUUCGUUAGCAAUUACUUUCCAAACGUGCUGUUUGUAAAAAAUCGCGCCAAACGACAGGAUUUCGCAGCAACACAAAAGGAGCGCAUGGAUCGUAUGCUGCGCGCGUUGUUUAAGGAUUCACAAUUGCGUAUCUAUGUGGGACAAACGACCGAGCAGCAAAAGCAAAAGAAAACACGUCCACAGGAAGGAGAACGACAGAUAAACACAUUCUUAUUGCCUGAAGUUGAGGAAAAUCAUGACAACUCAACGUUUCACAAACCGCUGCGUGAAAUCAUUGACGAUUUUCGUGCACUUGUCUUCAUGACACCACGCAACGAUAUGUAUGCUGGCGCUAGCGAACUGACUGAAGCAAUUUGGUUUGAGCUGCUCACCAAGGUGGCACAGGAGACGCAACAAUUCUUCAACACCUAUGAGGAAAUUCAACGUAAACAUUUGGAAAUGGGCAAUGUGCAGCUUGGCGGUCAAGGUAAUACUAGUAUUAAGGAUACACACGAAAACUGGAGAGAGCAGUAAAAUAUAUAUGAAAAAAAAUAUAAUAAAAUAAAAACAAAAAUAAGUAAAAGUAAUUAUACCAGCUUACUGAAUAAAAAAAUAU